AUGAGUAAGAGUGCUAAUGAGGCGUAUGAGCUAUUAGAAGAGGUGGCGAUGAAUAAUUAUCAGUGGCCAACUGAAAGGGGACAACAAAAGAAGGUUGCUGGAAUGAUGGAAUUGGACGCUAUAUCCAUGUUUACAGCUCAAGUAGCAGCCUUGACAAAGCAACUACAAAAGACUACACUCCCAUCUCAAGCUAUGCAAUGUCAAGCUAUUACUUUGAAGAGUGGAACACGGUAUGAAGAGCCAAAGAAGAAUCAGUCAGAAGAAGAAGGUCAGAAGGGAAAUACACAAGGCAUAGAAGAAGAGAAGUCUAAUGAAGAAAAGGUUAUUGAAGACCUUAAUAAGAAUGAAGUGGUACCACCUGUGAGUAUUGAGCAGCAUGUUAGAAUUCCAUAUCCACAAGGGCUUCACAAGCAUAAUCUGGAUAAGCAUUUUGCAAAGAGAAAGAUGGGUGAUUAUGAAACAUUAGCGUUAACAGAAGAGUGUAGUGCUAUAUUGCAAAGGAAACUUCCUCAAAAACUUGGUUUGGGUGAAGCUAGGCCAACCACAGUAACAUUGCAAUUGGCUGAUAGAUCUGUGAAGCAUCCACGAGGUAUUAUAGAAGAUGUGUUAAUGAAGGUUGAUAAGUUUAUAUUUCCAACUGAUUUUAUAGUUCUUGAUAUGGAGGACGAUGAGAAUGUUCCUAUUAUUUUGGGGAGGCCAUUUUUAGCAACCGGGCAAGCAUUGAUUGAUGUGCAAAAGGGAGAGUUAAGGCUAAGAGUGCAAGGGGAAGAAAUAAUAUUUAAAGUGUUCAAGGUUAUGACUUAUCCUAAAGCAAGUGACAAUUGUUUCUCAGUUGAUGUGGUAGAAGAGGUAGUGGGGAGAAGAAAGUUAAUUGAAGAUCCUAUUGAAAUUAGUCUUAUAGUUGAUGACAUAGAUGGUGAGGAUAAUGAAGAGGCAUUGAGUUAUUUGAAGUGGAUAAAAUCAUAUGGGUCGUGGAAGAAUAAAAGGUGUGAAGAAUUGGGUGAGGGACCGGAAAGACCAUUACCAUCAAUUUUGAAGCCACCUGUGUUAGAGUUGAAGGCUUUACCAAAACAUCUAUGA